AUGAGACUGCCAACUCUCGCUGCGAUUGCCUUCGCCGCAGGAUCUGUUAAUGCGGCUCCUCAUGUCUCUCGCCACCGUCAGCGCACAGUCAAACGCGCUGGUGACGUGGGAGACGGAUCAACUGUGAUGACCUUCUAUGGCCAAAGCACUGAGCCAACUGAUCUUUCCGAGGUCUGCGAAAAUGACAAUUUCGAUAUCGUCAUCCUCGCGUUUAUCACCAGCUUGAAUCCUCCCAAGCUCAAUAUGGGCAAAGACACUGGCAGCCCGAGCGACGCGCAGAAGAAGCAGGAGGGCUGGGAACUCUUUGAUGGCACUGUGGCACCUGAGGAUGGGAAAAGCAUUGCUGACAAGAUUUCGGAUUGCCAGGGGAAGGGUAAAAAGGUCAUGAUCUCUUUUGGCGGAGAUGAGAGAUUCUCGAAUGCGACCUUCAGCAGCGAGGACGAGGCCAAGGAAGCCGCUGACCAAGUCUGGAACCUCUACCUUGGCGGUACUGAUUCAACAGACCUCAGACCGUUCGGCGAGAAGGUCACCCUUGACGGUCUGGAUCUGGACAACGAGUCCGGCAACGGCAAGUUCUACCAGGAAUUCGUCACUGAAAUGAGGAGCAAGAUGGGAACGGACUCCUCACGAACAUAUCUCAUGAGCGCGGAGCCGAUGUGCGCCUUCUUCAACGAUGCCGACUCGUCCAUCCCUGACAGCGUCUUGCCCAUGCUUGACUUCGUCAACAUUCAGUUCUACAACAACGAGGCCCAGGGUAUCGGUGGAAAGGACUUUAACAGCGCAAUCCAGUCCUGGGCCAAGAAGUUCGCCGCUGCCAGCCCUAGCCCGAAGCUGUUCCUCGGUGUCCCCGGUGGCGAGGGCGCUGCUAGCACCAACAUCCAGUCCGCUGACGAGAUCAAGGAUACCAUCACAUCUGUCAAGAACAUGAACAUCACUGGGUUCGGUGGUGUGGGCAUCUGGGAUGCUGGAUUUGCCAUGAAGGAUACUGCCUUCCCUGACGCUGUUAAGAGCUCUCUUGCUUAA